GGGGGAAAAUGGGAACUGGAUGGAGAAGAGCCUUUUGCACUCGUGACCCGGAAUCUGCCAUAUCCGAUAAGCAGCACAGGGGCACGAGUCCAAGCCCCAGCCCCAGAAGCUGUGUUCGAUUGGGUUUUCUCUCCGGCGGGGGCAAUCCUUCCACCCCGCGCUUGCAGCAGCAAUCUCAAGCCGUGUCUAGUCCGAGCUUGCGUUGCCGGACACUUUCAGAAGCAGCACGUGAAUGACAGCCCCAGAUUUCAAAGCAAAAUACUCCCAGGGCAACCAAGUCCCCCAAAACCAGUUCAACCUCAAAUCCCGCAUCGCCGCGUUCUCCUUUGAAGUUAUCUCUCUUCAGGAACAGCUUCAAAUUCCGGAGUAGUUGUGGAAUCUGCUUGAAUAGCGUAAAAACCGGUCAGGGAACGGCCAUUUACACUGCAGAAUGUACUCAUGCCUUUCACUUUCCCUGUAUCGCCGAUUAUGUACGCAAACAUGGAAGCCUCGUCUGCCCCGUCUGCAACGCUACCUGGAAAGACGUGCCUCUGCUAGCCGCACACAAGAACCACGCCACAGAAUCCGCCGAAAAGAACGACAUCGUGGUUGACAAGAACGUCGUAAAACCAAAUGCCACCCAGAAGACUACAGAAAACUCAUCCUCAGUUUUCAGAACCCAGCUUGUUGAACCGCCCCAACAAUUACCACAGAAGCACCCAAAGCAAUUUGAUUGUUACAGGUCCUACGACGAUGACGAGCCGCUUCUGUCUCCCACAUCCGGUGGUCGCAUCAUUCCAAUACCUGAAGCCGACGAAAACGCCGAAGAAGGCGAAGACGACGUUGAAGAAUUUCAGGGAUUUUUUGCCAAUGCAAAAUCUUCAUCCUCAAUCAAAUCUUACUCUGAUGACCUGCAAAUAAGCGACAAAGAUUCCAGGAACGUUCAGGUGAAGUUGAUCCCCGAGUGUGCCGUAGUGUCAGUCUCCCGGACCCACGAGACUUACGCUUUGGUUUUGAAAGUGAAGGCUCCUCCGCCUCCUCCUGCAGCGCGCAGUGGCAAUAACAGUAUGACGCCGCGUCUUGGUCAGUCGCAGCGAGCUCCCAUAGAUCUCGUAACGGUUCUUGACGUUGGUGCGAGCAUGACAGGCGCGAAGCUGCACAUGCUUAAGCGCGCGAUGCGUUUGGUCAUUUCCUCACUCAGUCCAGCCGACAGGCUCUCCAUAGUGGCUUUCUCGGCCACUUCCAAGCGGCUCUUACCCUUGAGAAGAAUGACGGCUCAAGGACAGCGCGUGGCUCGGCGCAUAAUCGAUCGGCUUGUCCCUGGCCAUGGCACUUGUGUGGGCGAUGCUCUGAGAAAAGCCGCAAAAGUGCUGGAGGACCGGAGGGAGAGAAACCCGGUUGCCAGCGUGAUGCUCCUAUCGGACGGUCAGGACGAACGAGUUCACAGCAGUAACGUCAACAACCAACGGAAAUCCUCGAACCACGCGUCCUCGACCCGAUUCGCCCACAUUGAGAUUCCGGUUCAUGCUUUCGGGUUCGGAAAAAAGAGUGGCUUCAGCCACGAGCCGGCCGAGGAUGCAUUUGCCAAGUGCGUCGGUGGGCUGUUGAGUGUUGUUGUACAGGACUUGAGAAUUCAGCUCGGCUUCCAGUCGGGCUCAUCGGCGGCUGAAAUCAGCGGCAUCUAUUUAUGCGGCGGUCGAACAACAGCAAUGAGCUCAGGCAGCGUACGGCUCGGCGACUUGUACGCGGAGGAGGAGAGGGAGUUACUGGUGGAGCUGAGAGUUCCAACGUCGGCACUGGGGACCCACCACGUGAUGAGGGUACGGUGCUUGUAUAAGGACCCCGCUUCUCAGGAGAUCGUAUCGAGUAGGGAACAGGCCCUACUGGUUCCGCCACCUCAGGGCACGCGAAGCGAACGCUUGAGGAAUUUCUUCAUAUCCACUCGAGCCAUAGCCGAGUCUCGCCGGCUCGUGGACUACAACGACUUCACCAGCGCUCAUCAUUUACUGGCUUCGGCUCGUGCGCUCUUGAUGCAGGCCAAGUCGAGCUCAGCUGAGGAGCACGUGCGUGCGUUGGAAGCUGAGCUGGCAGAGCUUCAUUGGCGCACUCAGAACACGACGGAGCAGCAGAUGAUGACGCAGGAACGCAGGCGAGGGAGCGAGAGGGAGAUGACGAGCUUGGUGGAUGAUAAUGGUGAGCCGCUCACGCCGACGUCGGCUUGGAGAGCUGCUGAGAAGCUGGCUAAGGUGGCCAUCAUGAAGAAGUCAUUGAACAGAGUCAGCGACUUGCACGGCUUCGAAAACGCUAGGUUUUAAUUUUUUUCCCACAAAACAAAGGCUUAGUUCUCUUUUCUCUUUCUUUUUAAAAAAUAUUA